AUGCAGUUCAUCACUCUUGCUUCUCUUGCCACGGCUGCCCUGGUGAGCGCCACCAACACUGUCAAGUUCGUCUCCCUCGACGACGUUGACCGCACCAUCUACUGGACCGGAAACUCUGGCAUGGCCACCAUUGAGGAGACUGUUGUCAAGGCCGGCGAGAACACCACUGUCGAGGUGCCCACCGGUUGGAUCGGUAACUUCUACUCUGUCUCUGACGGCGAGACCAACAAGCCCGGUAUGCUCGGCGAGGUCGCUUUCAACGGCUGGAACGACCUGACCUACUUUGACGUCUCUGCCAUUGUCAACUCUGAGGACGUCAACGGUGUUCAGGAGAUGUACCCUGCCAACGACCCCUGGACUCCCGUCUCUGGCUGCACCACCUGGCCUUGCCCCAACGCCUACUACGUGUGGGAUGAUGUCCAGACCAAGAGCACCACUGAUACCGAUCUCGUCUGCACUCUGGGCACCAAUGGCAUUGCCGCUCGCGACUAUGUCCACCACGAGGAGUGGGAGAACUUCCCCCGCGAGGCCGUCACCACUCCCAUGUGGAGACAGCGCAAGUAA